AUGUCUCGGCACGCGACGCGCGGGACGACGGCGCGCACGCGGGUGCGUCCGUCGACGAUUUGGUUCACGCACCGACGCAUUCAUGAUCGCUUCAGUGGAUGCGCGAAAACGUUGGCGGAGACGUUGGAUGACAUCGUUCGAGGACGAAUCACCGUGGAUGAUUUACCGCCCAUCUCCGUGGUGACGCACGACGUGGACGCGGUCGAGAGCGAUGGGUCGGCGUCGGAGGAUCGAGGGCGACGCGGGCGCGGGCGGCGGGAACGGCGGGGUGAUCGGGCGAAGACGGAGCGGCGACUGUAUUCGAUGAAUAACAGACGGCUGUGGGUGAUGCGAGAGGCCGAGCGCUUGGGGGUGUGCGAAGACGUCGGGGUGCGAAUGCUGUCCAGGGAACAGUGUGAGGUUUUGUUGAGAAAGGGGAGUCGGAAUUUUCGCGUCGAUCGGUGCACGCCGGGACCGGUCAAAAUCGUGCCGACGCGAGAAGAACCGCCAGAGAGGCGCGCGGAGGGAGAGAACGACGCUUGA